GUUUUGCGGAUAACAGCGUCGCGUUGCUCACUGAAGGGGAGUCAGUGGACGGAUUAAAUGCGCUGGUUUGGGUUUGGCUUCAACGCCUUUGGACAAAUAUGUGUUCAGGAGAAAUUAGUUAAAGAAGAAAUUAGCGACACUGUCGGGGAAGUCAAAGUGAGCAUUCCCACAGAGCUAAAUGUGGACGAAAGAGGCUGCUGCUGCUUGAAGGCGAGUCAGAUCAGAGCGAGUUGGAGCCGCAGAGCAUCUCUGCAUUUGGAUGCGGACAGCUGUGUGUGCCUGGCAGGUUUCGGGUCAUCCUCCUUCAAAGAGUCUGGAGUGAACACCUGCGGCUGUAGAGAUGCAGUCCUCAGUGAAGGGCACCUUACUCUUGCUUUCUCAGACAGAAUUGAAUCCUGGGAGCUGCAGAAGAAACAUGAAAGUCCAUCAUGGAGCAUGGAGAUAACCGCUCAUCAGAGCUCUGAUGUAAAUUUGCCAUUGGUGCCCGGUGGUUACAUAGCACCUAAACCUCCCAUCUUCCGCUCCUUGUCUCCUCACCUGCAAGCAAAGAGUCUGGCCCUGGGAGGAGACCAUGCCAUCCUCCUGACUGCCACUGGAGCUGUCUACAGCUGGGGUCUGGGCAGCCAUGGUCAGCUGGGGCAUGGAGGACUGACCUCAGAGGAGGAGCCCAGGACGGUGGAAGCCCUGUGGGGGGUGCCUAUGAGCUCUGUGGCUGCCGGAGGCUGGCACUCUGUCUGCYUUAGUGGUGGAGGUGAUCUGUAUGUGUGGGGCUGGAACGAGAGCGGCCAGCUUGGACUUCCAUCGCGAGGUUUGAGGAAAGACUCGCAACAGAAGAGUUCCCAACAAGCAGAAUUGUGUCAAGAUGUCUGCACAUCUUCUAAAGAGGAGCUACAUGAAGAGAAACAAGAUGAUGUAUUCAUCUCAAUCCAAGGAUUCCCUGCUCUGCUGGAUGUCAGUCCUUCGUGUGAAAUCAGGACAGUCGGCUGUGGCUCCCGGCACACUGCUGCAGUCACAACCAUGGGCAAUCUGUACACUUGGGGAUGGGGUGAAUACGGCCAACUUGGACACCAAACCUUAAACAGUUUAGAUGAGCCUCAGUGUGUGGAGUUCUUCAGCGCUGAGAAUCUGCUCGUCGUCGAUGUGGUGUGUGGGCCGUGGAACACUUUUACUGCCGCUGUCACGAAGGAAGUACCAACUCAAAAACAAACCUGCUAAAUAUCCUAACAAAUACUUUUCUUACUGGUUAUGAAGUGUGGUUUGUAGUAAAUUAUUUGUUGAUGUUUAAAUAAAUUACUUUUGUACUA